AUGUCACGUGCCGAUCCAGUACUUGUUCUUACACGCUAUGUCUACAGCACACAGACCAACAUGGGAUCCGGCGCAGGCCAGGGACUCCAAGGCGGGAUCGCGCCAGUUCUCUGCACGAGACAUGGCAGCUCACACGAAGCUCAAAUUCCGACAAGUCGGACAGACCUCGGCCGCGGAAGUGAAGCAGCGGGAUCUCAGAGCUGAGCUGGCUGUCGCCGAGCUGGAGGCGAAGAACAAGAAGCGCAAAGCGGAGGGUCUGCCACCUUUGGCUUUGGAGGGUGCCGCUCCGACACCAGCGGACGACGAGGCGAACAAACGACGGAAAUUGCUUCAGGAGUCGCUGGAAUUGGAUAAGGAUGAUGAUGAGGAAGAAGAAGCGGGGCCCGGCAAGGCCGCAGAGGAUGGGAACAAGGACGGAGAAAGCAGCGAAUCUGAUUCUGACUCGGAAGAAGACGACGACGAGGACGAGACUGCCGAACUUCUUCGUGAACUGGAGAAAAUCAAGCGGGAACGAGCUGAGGAGAAGGAGCGGUUAGCUCAAGAGCAGUCCGCGUCUGCAGCUGCCUCAAGGGACGCCGAAAUCGCAACUUCAAAUCCGCUGCUGAAUCUCGCUGCUGCCCUCGGCCAGGAUGUGCCUACCGGUAUCAAUACGACGGCCCCAGGCACUUUUGCUGUUAAGAAGCGGUGGGAUGACGACUUGAUUUUCAAGAACCAGGCAAUGUCCAGCAGGGACAAACCCGCCCAUUUCGUCAACGAUUUGCUGAGGACGGAGUUUCACAAAAAAUUCAUGUCCAAAUUUAUCAAGGCGAGUUAUUUCUGGUCGCUUUGA